CCCUAUAUAUACCAUGUUCUGUCACGGGUUGCCACAAUACAAGUUCAUCUCUCCAAAACCAAAAGACAUGGACACACCUUUCAUGCCCAUGGGUGUCUUUGGAAUUCUAAGAGAAGCACUCAAAAUCCCAUCCAAAAAUGGAAAGCUCUUCCUUUCCAUUACCCUUCUCUUCCUCAUCCCAUCCUCUCUUUUAUACCUAGCCAACAACUUCGCAAUCAAGCCGUUGGUAACGGAUAUAUCAGCAAAAUCAGUCAUGUUGCAAGACAAUGAUCCCCAACGGCCUGGAUACACCAAAUUGAUGGGUGCAAUUAAUAAGGAUGCUGGAAUUCUUGUUUCUGGGGAGAUGAUCUUCUUACUGAUAUCUUCUAUGGUGUCACUCUUUGCAAUUACAGCCACAAUUUCCGCGUCGGCCAUGGCUUACUAUCGCAAGGAUCUAACGCACAACGAGUUGUUCAUAAGGAUUGGAAGGACGUGGAAGCGGCCUUUGAUCACACGGUUGUACAUAAUCCUCUUCAAUUCGGGUUGUCUUUUUUUGAUCUUGAUACUAAUAGGCAUGCUUAAAAUGUUCGCUAUGGGACUUCCUAUUGCAUUAGCUUGUCUAUUAUUGGUUCUAGCUCUUUUGUUUCUUUGUUUUUAUGGUUAUAUCUCUGUGAUUUGCAACUUGGGUAUUGUAAUUUCGGUCAUCGAAGAGAGUAAUUAUGGGAUAGGAGCACUUGCCAAAGCUGCAGAGCUGAUCAAAGGAAGAAAGCGGCAAGGUUAUAUUAUCUACGUUCUUUUUAAACUAGUUGGGUUAGCCAUAUAUUGGGUUCUCGGGUCAGCCAUGCAGGUUAUGCACCUAACCCAUGCAAGCUCUCUUGUUCUGGUGAAUAUUGGAUCCCUUGAGACCAUACUCUUAUUUAUGGUUUUUACCAUGUUUUACAUUGAGUGUAAGAAAAGCCAUGGAGAGAAAGUUGAGAUAGAAGGAGAGAGUGGGUAUAGUUUGGUUCCCACCAUUCCUCUUGUUGAUGCCUCUCUUUCCCUGAAUCUGCAGCUUAUCUAGGCCUUAGUGUGCGUAUGUGGGCCACUCUAGUGUAUGGUCAGGGUUGUUUGAUAUCAAGAUUAUGGAGCUCCGGAUAUGGAAGAUCAUAUUUGUGUAAUAAAUUUGAAAUCGUUAUAACAUUGCUACUUGUAAUCCUUUGUUUCUAUUUCACGUGAAGUAUUACUGAGGGCUCAAUUGGGAUAUGGAGCUCGGGAUUUGGGAGAUUGUAUUUGUGUAAUAAGUUUGAAAUGGUUAUGAAGUUCCUAGUAAUCCUUUGUUUCUAUUUAUAUGACGUAUUACUAAGGGC